AUGUCUUCAACGCUGGUUACCGAAACAACAUCCUCCACCAUAUCAACAUCAACAAGGCCGCCACCACCCCUCCGUUCCCAACGCUCCACGCACUUUUCCCAGCAGCUGCCGCGCACCCUGCGAAAGUCGUCCAGCUUCACCAACGGCGGUCUCUACGGCUCUUCCCACCACGCUGCAUCGACGCCCAACCUCAACUCGCUCUACACCUCGCACUCGUCACGCCUCGGGCCCCCCUUACCCACGAGCUCCUCUCUCUUGGCGCGCAAGGGCUCCCUGGCCGCCCUGACGCCAUCGUCCCUCGCCUCCAUCCCCGAUGCCAGCGAGAGCUACGGCCUCAACACCGUGCUGAGUGAUCCGCCCGACGGAAAGAGAAUGACGCCCACGACGCCUGGCCGGACGCCACGCGCCCGCCAGCGCCCCUCGUUGGCGGGCGAUGACUUUUGUCGUCGGGCGAUCUUUGUUGACGUCCCUGGCACAUGUACGGCACCGUUCGCUUCAUCCGGGCCUGUGCAGGGAAAGAAGGGCACCUUUGCCGGUGUCGAGCUGCAGUCCGACUUUGCGUCCCGGGCAAGAACUCUGGCGAUGUUGAUGGCGUUCACGGGCGGCGGUCUCAAGAUGGGCAACCAAAACUCGACGAACCACACACCUCCGACGCCCUCGGUGCCCAAGUUCAGCCAGUCCGUCGGCCCAGGAAGGGCACCCAGUCCCCAGAUGAAGCGCCCUCGACCUUCGCUACCCCGCCCCGAGUCGCCUGUCCGACGACUCAUGACGCCCGGCCCUAGGCCCUCCAUCGGCGGCGUCACCCCUGGCGUCAAGCCUCCCUCGAGAUAUGGCAGCCCGACGCCCAACCGGUUCGCCCAGAGCGUGCGAGGCACAUCAGGUGAUCCCAGGAAGGGGGUGCCGCGACUGGAGAGGAAGCCUAGCGUGGGACCUCGCAGCGCGUCUGCCCUCGGCCAGUCGAUGGAGUUUCCCGAGGACGACAUCACGCCCAUGGCCAUGGGUCGCCCCAAGACCAACGGCAGCGUUGGUUCUGUUUCCUCGUUCAACUCCAAGUUCCGACCCGCGUCACGGACGGGCAACAAUGAUGAUCAAGAGGCUGAGCGACUACGCCACCAGCUCGAGGAGCGCGAUCGCCAGCUCCGCGAGCAGGCCGCGACGUUGGCCGACAUGGAGAGCAGCCUCACGGAGCUCCAGACGCUUAUGGAGAACCCUGACGCCCUGCGGCCGCGACGCAACAGCCUGGACGAUAAGGACUCAACGCAGCUCCGCGCCAUCCUGCGAGAGAAGAACGAAAAGAUCGCCAUGCUCACGGCUGAAUUCGAUGCGCACCGAGCCGAUUUCCGCAGCACCAUCGACACGCUCGAGAUGGCUAGUACCGAGACCGAGAGGGUGUACGAGAAGCGCAUUGAGGAGCUGAUGCAGGAGAUUCGGGAUCACGAGUCACGAACCGAUGAUGUUGACUCGGUUGCCCAGCAGCUGAAACAGCUGGAGGAACUCGUCCAAGAGCUCGAGGAAGGCUUGGAGGAUGCCCGACGCGGAGAAGCUGAGGCGAGGGGCGAGGUCGAGUUCCUGCGGGGAGAAGUCGAGCGGACGCGUAGUGAACUCCGUCGUGAGCGUGAGAAGCCCAGCACAGGCCACAGUGCGCCCGCACAAGACGCAACAGCCAGUUCCAAGGAGCUCGAGCAAAAGGAGGAUGAGAUUCGCGGCCUCAAGGCAAUUAUCCACUCGCUCAGCAGAGACUCGAUCCCCAACGCGGAAGCGCUUGAACACCAGCACCCCCCGCGCGUGAGCUCUUUCAACAACAAGAUGCACUCGUAUCCUGCCACGGCCGGCGAGUCGGUGGACUCUCGAGCGGCGCGCGAGAAGAUGGAAAAGGAGAUGACGGACCUUCGCGCUAUGCUCGAUGACAAGAACAUGCGCGAGGAGGAGCUCGAGCGCGAGGUGGAGCAGCUCCGAGGGCCCUCCAAGCUCAAUCCCGCCCCGACACAGAGGUCGUCGUUCCGCGACUCCCGUGACACUGUCGUCCUGGCGCGCCAUCGCGAGUCGCGGUCUCCUGAGCUGCACAAGCGACCACCCGGCUUCGAAAGCGACGCGUACUCUAUGGCCACCGAGACUAGAACUCUCUGGUGCGAAAUCCUGCGAGACGCCUGCCCCUCUCGCACCUCUCUCCCCCUCCAAGAGCAAGACGCCGACGGCCACGCCAGCACCCAGAUCCUGCCGAACCCGCUCGAUUCGGGCCCGGUAGCGGGCAAAUCGAGCGGCGUCGUGGACGAGGCCAAGUGGUGCGCGCUGUGCGAGCGUGACGGCCAUGACAGCGUCGAUUGCCCGUUUGAGGACGCGUUCUAG